CAGCAGUGGAACAAACGGAGGUUAUUGUGGUCGGCGCUCGUCCCUGCGGUCUGUUCUCACCUCUCUCGCCCUCUCUCUUUCUCUCUCUCUCUCUCUCUCUCUCGAUCGAAGCCCACCACAACUCCUACCUGUAGCCAUGGCGUUUGACGGAACCUGGAAGGUGGACCGCAGCGAGAACUACGACAAGUUCAUGGAGCAGAUGGGCGUCAACGUGAUGAAGAGGAAGCUGGCCGAGCACGACAACCUCAAGGUGAUCAUCGAGCAGUCGGGCGACAAGUUCCACAUCAAGGAAUCCAGCACCUUCCGCACCAAAGACAUCGACUUCACCCUCGGCGUGCAGUUCGACUACUCCCUGGCGGACGGCACCGAAGUGUCUGGCACGUGGGUGCUGGAGGGGGAAACUCUGAAGGGAUGUUUCACCAGGAAGGACAACAACAAGGUCCUGACUACCACUCGCUGUGUGGUGGGCGGAGAACUUGUCCAGUGUUACAACUAUGAGGGUGUGGACGCCAAGAGGACUUUCAAGAAACAGUAAUUUGGAUUGCGAAGGGAAAUUAAACAUUUUUAUACCCUA